CGGGGCCGGGUCUUGGGGCCGGGAUCGGGCAGCUGAGCGUGCUCACAGCCCUCCUCUCCUCUGCCAGGCACAGCCGAGACAGCACCCAUUCCUUCUCCUGUAGCUCCUGCUUCUCCGGGCCUGCUCCCCGCACCCAUCCCUAGGUGCUGCCCCCGACAGCGUCGCGCUCUCCAGCCGGCCCCCUGCAUCUCGGAGGACCCUCUCCGCCGUCCCCGGCGCCAUGGCGUGCAGCCUCAAGGACGAGCUGCUCUGCUCUAUCUGUCUGAGCAUCUACCAGGACCCGGUGAGCCUGGGCUGCGAGCACUACUUCUGCCGCCGCUGCAUCACCGAGCACUGGGUGAGGCAGGAGGCUCAGGGCGCCCGCGACUGCCCCGAGUGCCGGCGCACGUUUGCCGAGCCCGCGCUCGCGCCCAGCCUCAAGCUGGCCAACAUCGUGGAGCGCUACAGCGCCUUCCCGCUGGACGCCAUCCUCAACGCACGCCGUGCCGCGCGACCCUGCCAGGCACACGACAAGGUCAAGCUCUUCUGCCUCACGGACCGCGCGCUGCUCUGCUUUUUCUGCGAUGAACCCGCGCUGCACGAGCAGCACCAGGUCACGGGCAUCGAUGACGCCUUCGAGGAGUUGCAGAGGGAGCUGAAGGAGCAGCUUCAGGCCCUUCAGGACAGUGAGCGGGAGCACACGGAGGCGCUGCAGCUGCUCAAGCGACAGCUGGCGGAGACCAAGUCUUCCACCAAAAGCCUGCGGACCACCAUUGGGGAGGUCUUUGAGCGGCUGCACCGGCUGCUGCGGGAACGGCAGAAGGCCAUGCUGGAGGAGCUAGAGGCAGACACGGCCCGCACACUGACUGACAUUGAGCAGAAAGUCCAGCGCUAUAGCCAGCAGCUGCGCAAGGUGCAGGAGGGGGCCCAGAUCCUGCAGGAGCGGCUGGCUGAAACUGACCGGCACACCUUCCUGGCCGGGGUGGCCUCGCUGUCUGAGCGGCUCAAAGGGAAAAUCCAUGAGACCAAUCUGACCUACGAAGACUUCCCAACCUCCAAGUACACAGGCCCCCUGCAGUACACCAUCUGGAAGUCCCUGUUCCAGGACAUCCACCCAGUGCCAGCCGCCCUGACCCUGGACCCGGGCACCGCCCACCAGCGCCUCAUCCUGUCCGACGACUGCACCAUCGUGGCCUACGGCAACCUGCACCCACAGCCGCUGCAGGACUCACCCAAGCGCUUCGACGUGGAGGUGUCGGUGCUGGGCUCUGAGGCCUUCAGUGGCGGCGUCCACUACUGGGAGGUGGUGGUGGCGGAGAAGACCCAGUGGGUGAUCGGGCUGGCACACGAAGCCGCGAGCCGUAAGGGCAGCAUCCAGAUCCAGCCUAGCCGCGGCUUCUACUGCAUCGUCAUGCACGACGGCAACCAGUACAGCGCCUGCACCGAGCCCUGGACGCGGCUCAAUGUCCGCGACAAGCUCGACAAGGUGGGCGUCUUCCUGGACUACGACCAAGGCCUGCUCAUCUUCUAUAACGCCGAUGACAUGUCUUGGCUGUACACCUUCCGCGAGAAGUUCCCCGGCAAGCUCUGCUCCUACUUCAGCCCUGGGCAGAGCCACGCCAAUGGCAAGAACGUGCAGCCGCUGCGGAUCAACACGGUCCGCAUCUAGUGCUGCGGAGGGAGACCGCAGGCCUGAGCAUGGCCACCAGCGAGAGCCCUGCCCCGGAGAGCGGAGGCCGGGACUCCAGCCCAGCCGGGCCAACCUGAGAUCUCAGGCCAGUUGUUUACCCUCAUUUCCCUGUCUGUAAAAUGGAGGUUGUGCUCCACGAUUCCGAAGCUCUUCCAGCAUUGACGUUCUGUAGCUCUGACCUUAAUGGGGAUACAGCUUUGGUCCAAGGAUGUGACAUGGCUUCUCCUCAGGGCAGCCCCUGCCCAACCCUCAUCCCCCUCCUCUCAGGGGCAGGGGACUGCGUCCCUAUGUCUCCCUCCUGCCCACAUGCCCUAAGCUCAGGAUGUGUCCGUUUUUGCCAGCAGUUGGCUGCCUGAAAGAGACACAGAACCCUCUUAUGCUUCCAGGCCUAAGACUUGCCCCUGACCAAGCUAGUGAUGGGCCGUUUUAUCCUCAAUCCCAGCCCACAGUGGACACAGGCGGCAGCUAGUCCCAGGGUUGCCUGAGAACCACCUUCUCCUUCCAUCCCUGUACCAAGAGCUUCAUGAUUUUCCCACUUAUCUGCGGGUAGAAGUGAUGUUGUGGCCUGUGGAAGGCACCCAGUGGUUAAGCCCACAUGUUACAGUCACUGUGCCACCACCUUCCUACCCACAGCUCUUAAGGCCAGAUAAUGGCACACCCCGACGUAGGGCAAGCAUCACUGGAUGGUGGAGGUCCCCAGCAGCUCCAAACAAGGGUCCAGCCAGGCCUCUGUGACCAGGCUAGGGUGUAGCGAGGCUGUGGGGACCAGUUAUUUUAGUCAGUCCCUGAGCACUGGGGUGGGUGUCAGCUGGGCCCCCCUCAUCAAUCUUGGCAUCUGUCUCAGUUGGGAUCCUGUUGCAGAAAACAAGAGCUGCUUUAGCUUUAGACAAGGAUUUAUUACCAGGUCCCUAGUGGCUUUGUAAAAUCAUUGGAAGGGCUGGAGGAGCAGACUCUGCUGAAUUUCCAGGAACAGCUCCCAGCCGCCAAAUUCAUCAUGUCUGUUGUGACCAGGAACACUGCUCCCAUCUGCAGGAAGCCCCUACAUCAAGAAGCCGCUGGCUGCAGAACUGCACUGACUCUGCUACUGUCCACGCCAGUCAGUGGAUGUCCUGAGGGCUGCCUCCCCCCAUUCAAUUCAAUUUCCAGAUCCAAAUGUCUACGAGGGAUUCUGUGUGGGGAAACUUAAGUCAGAUCCAGAACCUGGGCUGCAAGGGAGUCUGGGAAAUGUACUUUUCUUCUUUCCAGCCUCAUCCGUACAAAAAGGCACAAUAGAAGAAAGUUAGAAUGGAUGUUGAACAAGCCCACCUUCAGUUUUUGCCAUUGGAAUCCACCUCUAGGCCUUGGCUUUGAAGCAGCAGAGCCUCUAGGUGUCCUGCUCCGUGGCUUUGUCCUUGUUCAGGACAGGAGCCCCAGGAGCGGGCCUGCAGGACCAAGCUGAAAUGUCUCCCAGGCCUUAGCUUUUCUUUCUAGUCCUGGGGCCUAGAUUCUGAACUUGGGGUCUCUGACCACACCCAUCUCAAAGGAGCCAGACUAGCUGAACUUGGGGGGCUCCCACCUCACAACUGCUACCCACUGGGGCCUCCCUUGGGCGGGAGGAAUCCUCAGUCUCACCCCACCCAUUCAGCUACCAGAAUCUGGGCCACCCCCAGCAGUAUUUUUAUUUUAAAUGUUGCCCAUUUUGUGAGUUAUGAUGAAUUUGUAUUAAAUUAAAG